ACAAAGCGAUCCAAAACUUAGUUUUGGAGAUAAUCUUUGUCUGAAUUUUCAGAUUACAUAAUUAGUGCUAGUUUUCUUUGUAUUCAUUUGUAAUCGUUGAUAAAUAAAUAACAAAGACAUAAUAUUUAAAGAGUUAUCUGAUAGUUACUAGAAAGUUGUAAGAAAUGAAGUUUUGCUUAAUUUUCGCUUUGGUCACAUUUACCCAUUUAUUAUUUGCGGACGCGCAAGAACCCAUUGCAGUAACUCCGAAAGGAAAAAUUUUGGGAACUACAUUUACAUCAAGACUAGGGAAGACUAUAUUUGGAUUCAGAGGAAUAAGAUUUGCGAAAGCCCCUAUUAAUGAGUUACGUUUUCAGCCACCACAACCGCCUGAUGAAUGGAGUGGUACCCUUAAUGCAACUGCCGAUGCUCCUACCUGUCCUCAAGAAGUAACUGGACCCACAAAUGAAGAUUGCCUCUUUCUAAAUGUGUACACAACAAUGCUUCCAACGCAGAGAAGGAAUCCGAGGCGUCCCGUAAUUGUUCAUAUCCAUUCGGGCGCAUUUGUUAUGUUUACAGCAAGGAGUAAUUGGAUAGGACCGGAAUAUUUACUUGAUGAAGAUGUGGUUUUUGUAACUCUGAACUACCGACUUGGAGUAUUAGGUUUUAUCAGUACAGGAGAUAAGGAAGCGCCAGGAAAUUUGGGUUUAAAAGAUCAAGUGCAGGCACUCAGAUGGGUUAAGGAAAAUAUUCAGUACUUCGGAGGAAAUCCAAAUUUGGUAACGAUUUAUGGCUACAGUGCUGGAUCAGCCAGCGUUAUGAUGCACAUGGUUUCCCCUAUGUCAAAAGGGCUGUUUCAUAGAGCUAUCGCCAGUAGCUGUUCAGCCCUAGGAACAUGGCCUUCUAAGACACACCAACUGGAUAUUGUUAAAAGACAAGCGAGGGUUGUUGGCUGUCCUGACAAUACCACCACUGCUGAAAUAAUUAAAUGUCUGAAAACUAUUCCGGCAGAUGUACUUGGUACUUCUAUAUCAAAGUUAAAAGUGUUCGGUUACCAUCCGAUUUUGAUUUGGGAACCGGUAAUAGAACCCGAUUUUGGCCAGGAAAGAUUUUUGACCGAUUUACCUCUAAAGCUUGUAGCAGAAGGUAACUUCGAAAAUGUCCCACUUAUGACUGGGGUUACUACUGACGAAUUUUCUUACGCAGCGCCAGAUAUUCUUACAAACGAGACCUUGUUAAGAUUGCUUAACAACGAGUUCAACACGUACACUCCAAUUAUGCUUUUCUAUGAGGAAAACACUCAAAGGUCCAAAAUAAUAAGCGAUGCACUUAGGAAAUUUUAUUUAGGGGACGGACCAAUUAAUAACUCAUCAAUUACAGGACUUGGACAGCUGCUAAACGAUGGUAUCAUUGGAUUUGGGGUAAACAGAGCAGUAAAAGUCUUUUCAGCAAAGAACAGCCAGCCAGUGUAUUAUUAUAAAUUUACCUAUCAAGGACGUUACAGUAACGCUUAUCUUCCAGGAACAAACAAUACUGUACCUUAUGGUGUAGUUCAUCAAGACGACUUGAUUUAUUUGUUUUACAUUGCCGCGUCCUACCCAAAAUUCACAGCCAACGAUCCCGAAUCAAAGACUGUCGACAAGAUGAUUAAAAUAUGGGCAAACUUCGCCAAGACAGGAAACCCAAUUCCUCAGCCAACAUCCCUUCUAGACAACGUUACAUGGGUGCCUUUUACUGAACAGAAUGGAAAAUAUAUGAAAAUUGGGAACAGUCUUGAAAUGGACAAGUUUCUAUAUGAAGACAGAUACAAAGUAUGGGAAGAUGUAGUACCGCUUCCGACAAUAUAGCACAACAAUAAACAGCCAUAUAUAUAUAAAAUUACUUAUGCCUUACUAUAAACGUUCUUCUAUAAUAAUAAAUAGUUCAAUAAAUAUUAGUUACAA